ACUAAACCCUGUCUUAAACCCAUUUCUUCAAAACCUCCUCUUCCACAGCCUCCAAACAAACCUUCCGCCACAAAAUAUACAGAGACUUAAGCUCACCUAAGCUCGAAUUUCAAGCUUCAGAUUCAAAAAUUUUCAACUGAAACUUAAAGAUGAAUCAGGGUGCAUCAGAGGCCGUUGAGGCGGUCCACUUCAGUUUCAUGACAGAUGAAGAAGUUCGUAGGCAUAGUGUUGUAAAAGUCACAAGCCCUAAUUUGCUUGAUGGAUUAGGGCUACCAGUGUCUAAUGGGCUCUAUGAUCCGGCAAUGGGUCCUCUUGAUGAUCGUGCUCAAUGUAAAUUAUGUGGCCAAAGUCUCUGCUCUGGUCACUGUGGUCAUAUUGAACUUGUUUCUCCUGUCUACAAUCCCUUGCUUUUCAAUAUGCUGCACAAUCUUCUGCAAAGGACAUGCUUUUAUUGCUUCCAUUUUAGGGCAUCAAGAGCAGAGAUUGAAAAGUGUGUUUCUGAAUUAGAGUUAAUUGCAAAAGGUGAUGUUGUUGGGGCCAAAAUGAUGGAUGCCCUUUCUCCUGAUAACUCUACUGAUCGGGAGGAAAGUGAAGGGAGCCAUAUGUCAUGUACAAUGGAUGAUUUGAAUAUGCAAGAUCAUUGUGAGUACAAUAAGAGGCCAUCUUGGGAUAACUUCCAGUUUACUGAAGCUAUGGCAGUUAUUGAUAGAAUUCUCAAGACGAAAACUGUGAAAUGUAGCAACUGCCAAGCAAAAAAUCCAAAGAUUAGCAAACCUAGUUUUGGACGGUUUCGUAUGGAUAUCUCAAGUAAGCAAAUUACGGAAAAUUAUAUCAACGGUGGUCGCAUGUUCAAUCUGCACUACACUGGUGGAAGUGAGGAAAAUCCUUCCCCUGAGGUUGUAAAUGCCACCGAGCCGUUAGGGGAGGCUGAAACCAGCUUAUGUGUGACUUCCACAGAUGGAGUAGAAAAUUCUAAGGCACGCAAGAGGCAAGGGGGUGAACAGCCUGAUGUGGUUGUGCAACAGAAAGACUCAUUUUCAGUGGCACAUUUACCAUCUCAGGUCAGAAAUAUUAUAGAGCAUUUAUGGGAAAACGAAGCUCCUCUUUGCACAUUCUUCUGUGAUAUUCAGAGCCAGCACCGUAAUACACCUGACAAGGUGGCUGGGCCCUCUAUGUUCUUUUUGGAUUCCAUUCUUGUACCACCAAUCAAGUUCCGUCCUCCAGCCAAAGCGGGUGACUCUAUUAUGGAACAUCCACAUACUGUUCUUCUUGGUAAGGUCGUUCAGUCAAAUAUGGCUUUGGGAAAUGCUCAUAUCAACCAGGCUGGAAGGUCUAAGAUCAUUAGCCGCUUGAUGGAUCUUCAACAAUCUGUAAAUGUGCUGUUUGAUAGCAAAACAGCUUCUGGUCCGGGUCAAAAAGAUGUUGGUUCGGGCAUAUGUCAAAUGUUGGAGAAGAAAGAAGGUAUUUUCCGCCAGAAAAUGAUGGGGAAGAGAGUCAAUUUUGCCUGCCGAUCAGUUAUAUCUCCAGAUCCUUAUUUAUCCGUCAAUGAAAUUGGAAUUCCACCAUAUUUUGCUUUAAGGCUAACCUAUCCCGAGAGGUUGACUCCUUGGAAUGCUGCUAAAAUGAGAGAUGCUAUCAUCAACGGGCCUGAAAACCAUCCUGGCGCUGUCUCUUUUGCUGAUAGAAUAGCUACUGCAAAACUACCAUCAAGCAAAAAGAUGCGUGUAGCAAUAUCUAGAAAAUUGCCUUCUUCAAGGGGGGCGGUGACUCAAUCUGGGAGGAACAAUGAGUAUGAAUUUGAAGGCAAAGUAGUUUAUCGUCACUUACAAGAUGGGGAUGUUGUUCUUGUGAAUCGACAGCCUACGCUUCACAAGCCCAGUAUAAUGGCCCACGUUGUCCGCGUACUGAAAGGAGAGAAAACUCUUCGCAUGCACUAUGCUAAUUGCAGUACCUAUAAUGCCGAUUUUGACGGUGAUGAAAUGAAUGUCCACUUUCCACAAGAUGAAAUUUCUCGUGCUGAAGCAUACAACAUUGUAAACGCUAAUGAACAGUACAUUGUUCCGACUAAGGGAGAUACAGUUAGAGGCCUGAUUCAGGAUCAUAUUGUAAGUGCAGUGAUUCUUACCAUGAAGAAUACUUUUUUGACCCUUCAUGAGUUCAAUCAGCUUCUGUAUGGAUCUGGUGUGUUUGCCGCUGGGCCUGCUCCAACUUCUGGAAAUCAUUCAAAUAAAGUUUCUGUAGUAGAUUUUGAAGGUGUUGUGCAGACUAUCUUGCCUGCUGUGUGGAAACCAAAGCCUCUUUGGACAGGGAAGCAGGUCAUCACUGCAUUACUAAAUCAUCUGACAAAUGGUUGUGCACCUUGUACCGUCAAAAACAAAGGGAAAAUUCCAUAUCCAUAUUUCCUGAGCCAGAGUCGCCUAGUUGAGUAUCAGUCAAGAGAAGAAGAAGAUAGAACCGCUGAAAAUAAGUUCUUAAUUUGGAAAAAUGAGCUCGUGCGUGGUGUAAUCGACAAGGCUCAGUUUGGAAAGUUUGGUUUAGUUCACACAAUUCAGGAGCUUUAUGGAUCCAACAAAGCAGGCAUUUUACUUUCUGCUCUGAGUCGUUUAUUUACUAUUUUCUUGCAGUUGCAUGGCUUCACUUGUGGUGUUGAUGAUCUCGUCAUCUUACCACAUUAUGAUAUUCGGAGGAAGGAAGAACUUGAAGGAGAUGAUGUUGGUGAAGAGGCUCAUUGUGAUUUUGUGAAGUUCAAGCGUGGAGAAUUAGGCCCUUUGGAGCUCCAACUAGAAAUUGAGAAAGCAAUAAGCAGCAACAAAGAAGCUGCCACAGCAGCCUUAGACAUGAAAAUGAAAAAUAAGUUGGCAAAUAAAGGCUCACAAUUUAAUAAAGAGUUGCUGCUGAAAGGAUUGUUGAAACCUUUUCCCAGAAACUGCAUCGCCCUUAUGACAAUUACUGGGGCAAAGGGGAGUACGGUUAAUUUUCAACAAAUUUCCUCGUAUCUGGGCCAACAAGAGUUGGAAGGAAAACGAGUGCCACGAAUGGUUUCUGGGAAGACUUUACCCUGUUUUCCACCAUGGGAUUGUGCUUCUAGGGCAGGAGGUUAUGUUAGUGAUCGCUUUCUUUCUGGACUUCGUCCCCAGGAGUACUAUUUUCAUUGCAUGGCUGGUCGUGAAGGAUUGGUUGAUACUGCUGUCAAAACAUCUCGCAGUGGAUAUCUGCAAAGGUGUUUGAUAAAAAACCUGGAAUCUCUUAAAGUCUGUUAUGAUUAUACUGUCCGUGAUGCAGAUGGUUCAAUUAUCCAAUUUUAUUAUGGAGAAGAUGGUGUUGAUGUGCAUCGAACGAGUUUUCUCAAAAACUUCAAAGCACUGAAAAAUAAUCAAGAAUCCAUUUGCCAAAAGUUGCGGCAUGGAUGCAAGCUCAAUUCCUAUAUUGAGAAAUUGCCUGAUGGCCUGGAAGAAAAAGUGAAGCACUUCUGGGAGAAAAAAACAAAAAAGUUGGAGAAAAAUUUAGGGAAGCUAGUGAAAAAGGAAGAGAUACUGAAGCAACUGAAAAAGGAGGAGGUGGACUUUCUAGAACUAGUGGUGCAAAAAUACUUCUCAAGUUUGGCAGAUUCAGGAGAGCCAGUUGGUGUCCUUGCUGGUCAGUCAGUAGGUGAACCUUCAACCCAAAUGACACUGAACACUUUUCAUCUUGCGGGCCGUGGAGAAAUGAAUGUCACUCUUGGAAUUCCACGUCUUCAGGAGAUUCUGAUGACUGCCUCUGAUGCUAUUAAGACUCCCAUCAUGACGUGCCCCUUCCUCAACUGGAAAUCGAAGAAUGAUGCGCAGUCUCUUUUGGCAAAAGUGAAGAAGAUCACUGUUGCAGAUAUGAUUGAGAGUAUGGUGGUCAAUCUUUUGCCAUUAUCAAUCUACAACCAUCAAGUUUCUCAACUUUACAAGCUCACAGUGAAGCUCAAGAAGCAUGAUUUUGUGUCAUCAGAAGAUUGCGAGUAUACCCUAAAAUAUGUGUUCUUAAGGGAGUUGGAGGAUGCAAUAGAAAGUCAUUUGGCCUUGCUCUCUAAAAUUAAUGGCAUACAGAACUUCAAGACAAGCUCGGAAUCAGUCGAUUCAAAUGAGACUGAAGAAAAUGCUUCUAGCACCAGACAUGAAGAAGAGAUGCUGGAUGAUGAUGAUGAGGAUGAGGAUGAAAGAACUGAAGAUCUCAGUUCAGACGCACAAAAAAGGAAACAACAAACCACGGAUGACAUGGAUUAUGAUGAUGAUGAAGAUGAAGAUGAAGCUGAGACCACUGCUGAAGUUGAAGAUGGGAAAAGUGAACAAGCGGAUGAGAUUGGUACUGAUGAUGAAGAAGAAAUUGGAGACCAUGGCAAUGAAGAGCAGACGUCUAAGUUACAGCCUACAGAAGAGGACAUAUCAAAUACCAAAACUAGUAAGUUAAAGACUAAAACAACUGUCAAACAGAAGAUAAAGAAAGAAAGACCUAGCAGAAAGGAUUCAGAUAAGAAUGUCUUUGUUGCUGUGGAAGGACUGCAUUUUGAGAUCCACUUUAGAUUCGUCAAUGAACCUCAUAUUUUGUUAGCUCAGGUUGCCCAAAAGACUGCAAAGAAAGUGUAUGUUAAGAACUCUGGUAAAAUCGACCAGUGCAGAAUGGUCAAGUAUGAAGUAACUGAAAAUACUGUGAUGUGGGAUGAAAAUCAAACAAAGAAGCAAAGCCUAGAUACUGAUUCUGCUUAUUGGGCCCUGAAAGCUGCUGGAGUGGAUUUUGGUGCCUUCUGGGAAAUGCAAGAUGACCUUGAUGUUACUCGUAUAUACACUAAUAAUAUUCGUGCUAUGCUGAACACCUAUGGAGUUGAAGCUGCUCGGGCAUCAAUCUUAAGAGAGAUCAAGACUGUUUUCGGUAUAUAUGGGGUGGAGAUUGAUUUUCGACAUUUGAGUCUAAUAGCCGACUACAUGACCCAUACUGGUGGAUACCAGCCAAUGAGCAGACAUGGAAGCAUAUCCGAGUCUCUUUCACCGUUCCUUAAGAUGUCGUUUGAAACGGCUUCCAAAUUCAUAGUCGAAGCAGCAGCUCAUGGUUUAACUGACUACUUGGAGACACCAUCCUCCAGAAUUUGCUUAGGUUUGCCAGUUAAGAUGGGUACUGGUUGUUUUGACAUAAUGCAGAAGCUAGAUAUUUGAAUUUUUGAUGUAUAAGCAUAUGAUAUUGAUUAUUUGCAAGUGUCUAAUAUAAUUAUUUAUUGGUUGUUUUC